AUGAAUAUCGAGAGGCCGGAAACAUUGGAACGUGACGAGCUAAUUUAUCUCUCCCGCCUCGCCGAGCAAUCAGAACGUUACGAAGAAAUGAUUGGCUACGUUAAAGCUUUUGUCAAAAAGUCCACCCAAGACUUAACAGUUGACGAAAGAAACAUCCUUUCAGUAGCUUAUAAAAAUGUGGUAGGAGCCCGCAGGACUUCUUAUAGAGUCUUGAAUUCAAUUGAGCACAAAGAAGAGAGACGAGGGAAUGCUGCGCACAAAGCUUCAGCAGAGUCAUAUCGUAAUGAAGUUGAAGCUGAGCUCAGACGCAAUUGUGAUGAUAUUCUCAAUCUGAUUGAUACUGACCUUAUUCCUAAGGCUGCAAAUUCGGAGGCUCGAGUGUUCUAUUACAAAAUGAAAGGCGACUAUUACCGCUAUAUGUGCGAAUUUUCUCAAGGAGCUGCCAAAAGUGGCCCUGCAUCUAAAGCUGAGGAGGCUUAUUUGGAAGCAUUUGAGUUAGCGAAAAAUGAGCUGCAGCCAACUCACCCAACUAGAUUAGGAUUGGCAUUGAAUUUCUCAGUGUUUUAUUAUGAAAUUAAGCAGGAGCAAGGAAAAGCUUGUGAUAUGGCUAAAACUGCGUUUGACGAAGCAAUUCCUGAGCUAGAUAACAUUUCAGAAGAAAACUAUAAGGACGCAACUUUGAUAAUGCAGUUACUGAGAGACAAUCAUACACUAUGGACUUCUGGAGAAGCAGAAAAAGAUUAA